ACAACACUAUUAGCCGCGCAAAAACGUUUUGAUAUUUUUGUUCGGUGUUUGUAAUUUUUGCGAAAUUAAUUACAGAAAACAAACGCAAACAAAGAUUUUUUUAUAAACAAUAUCAACAAAAAAAUGUUUUAAAACUUUAUAAAAUCAAAACAAUUAUUUAAAAACUUUUUUAAUAAAAAUGAGUAAUUUUGCUAACAAAAGAAAAUUUGCUGGAGCAGCAGCCACAAAUGGGGCACCUAAAAAGCCCAGAAAUUACGAUGACGAAGAUGAUGAUAUGGGCGGAGGUGGUUUUGAAGUUGAUUUCAACAAUGAUGACAUGGACAUGACCCAGUUGAUGGGUGAGGGUCCAGAAAAUCAACAGACCUCUGUCAAAUGGUCUCGCGUAGAUCCUCCUGAACUAGAUUGUGAAACAGAUGCUUUAAUAUUUCAACAAAUAGAUAUUGAAAACUACAUAGGAGCUCCUCUGCCGGGCAUGCCCGGUGCUCGCAUGGGUCCAGUACCGGUUAUACGCAUGUAUGGCAUAACCAUGGAGGGUAAUUCUGUGUGUUGUCAUGUCCAUGGCUUUUGUCCGUAUUUCUAUUUGGCUGCCCCCAAAGGCUUCGAGCAGAAACAUUGUCAUGAACUAAGAUCGGCCUUGGAUAAGAAGGUUUUGGCUGACAUGCGUGGCGGCAACAAGGAUAAUGUACAGGAGGCGGUUUUAAGUGUGGAAUUGAUAGAACGUUUAAAUAUUUACGGCUAUCAGGGGGAUAGCAAGCAGAAAUAUAUCAAAAUAACUCUUUCGCUGCCCAAAUUUGUGGCUGCCGCUUCACGUUUAUUGAAGAAAGAAGUUAUUUACAAUGAAUUUGAUUUCCAGGAUUGUCGUGCCUUUGAGAAUAACAUAGAUUUUGAUAUACGUUUUAUGGUGGACUGUGAUGUAGUGGGUUGUAAUUGGAUAGAACUGCCUGCAGGCUCAUGGCGUCAAAGGGGACGCAAUUCCAAACCUCUACCCGAAAGUCGUUGCCAGUUGGAGGUAGAUGUUGCGUUUGAUAAAUUCAUAUCUCAUGAGCCAGAAGGUGAAUGGAGUAAAGUGGCUCCUUUUCGCAUAUUAUCCUUUGACAUAGAAUGCGCUGGUCGCAAGGGCAUAUUUCCUGAGCCUAAAAUCGAUCCUGUUAUACAAAUUGCCAAUAUGGUGAUCAGACAAGGUGAUCCCGAGCCCUUUAUACGCAAUGUUUUUACAUUGAAAACCUGUGCUCCCAUAGUGGGCAGCCAGGUUUUAUGUUUUGAUACUGAAAAAGAACUGCUAGAUAAAUGGUCUAGUUUUGUGCGUGAGGUUGAUCCAGAUAUAUUAACCGGUUAUAAUAUCAAUAAUUUUGACAUUCCCUAUCUGCUGAAUCGCGCCGCUCAUCUGAAAGUGCAAAACUUUGAAUUUUUGGGUAGAAUUAAGAAUAUACGUUCGGUUAUCAAAGAACAAGUUCUGCAAUCUAAACAAAUGGGUCGUCGUGAAAAUAAAUAUGUAAAUUUUGAGGGUAGAGUUCCCUUUGAUUUGCUGUUUGUACUGCUAAGAGAUUACAAGCUAAGAUCCUAUACUCUCAACGCUGUGAGUUAUCAGUUUUUGCAAGAACAAAAGGAUGAUGUUCACCACAGCAUUAUCACCGAUUUGCAGAAUGGUGAUGAGCAAACUCGUCGUCGUUUGGCCAUGUAUUGCCUUAAGGAUGCCUAUUUGCCUUUAAGACUUCUCGAUAAACUUAUGUCUAUUGUCAACUAUAUGGAAAUGGCCAGAGUAACGGGAGUUACCUUAGAAUCUCUACUCACUAGAGGCCAACAGAUUAAGGUGUUGUCUCAGUUGUUGCGCAAAGCCAAAACUAAAGGUUUCAUUAUGCCCUCUUAUUCGUCUCAGGGAUCGGAUGAACAGUAUGAAGGCGCCACGGUUAUUGAACCCAAAAGAGGUUAUUAUGCCGAUCCUAUAUCAACACUUGAUUUUGCUUCUCUAUAUCCUAGUAUAAUGAUGGCCCAUAAUUUGUGUUAUACCACGCUCUUGCAACCGGGCAUGAAAGAUAAAUUGGGUUUAAGUGAUAAAGAUUAUGAGAAAACACCCUCCAAUAACACCUUUGUCAAGGCCACCGUCCGUCGUGGUUUAUUGCCGGAAAUUUUGGAAUCUUUAUUGGCUGCUCGUAAAAGAGCCAAAAACGAUUUAAAAGUGGAAACUGAUCCCUUCAAACGCAAAGUGUUGGAUGGUCGUCAAUUGGCUUUGAAAAUAUCUGCUAAUUCUGUAUAUGGUUUCACAGGAGCCCAGGUGGGUAAGCUACCUUGUUUGGAAAUUUCUGGUUCGGUUACCUCUUAUGGUCGCACCAUGAUUGAGCUUACCAAAAAUGAGGUAGAAUCUCAUUAUACACGAGCCAAUGGUUAUGAAAAUGACGCUGUAGUUAUUUAUGGUGAUACUGAUUCAGUAAUGGUUAACUUUGGCGUUAAAUCGCUGGAAAGAAGUAUGGAAUUGGGUAAGGAGGCAGCCGAUUUGGUAUCAGCGAAAUUUGUUAGACCCAUUAAAUUGGAAUUCGAAAAGGUGUACUAUCCUUACUUGCUGAUCAAUAAGAAAAGAUAUGCCGGUUUGUAUUUUACACGACCAGAAACCUACGACAAAAUGGAUUGUAAAGGUAUUGAGACAGUGCGUCGUGAUAAUUCUCCUUUGGUGGCUAAUCUCAUGAAUACUUGCUUGCAAAAGUUGCUAAUUGAAAGAAAUCCUGAUGGAGCGGUUGAAUAUGUUAAACAAGUUAUAUCGGAUUUACUGUGUAAUCGCAUAGACAUUUCACAGUUGGUUAUUACCAAGGAAUUGGCCAAGACCGAUUAUGCUGCCAAACAGGCUCAUGUGGAGCUGGCUGCAAAAAUGAAGAAAAGAGAUCCUGGCACGGCACCCAAAUUAGGAGAUCGUGUUCCCUAUGUUAUAUGUGCAGCAGCCAAAAAUACACCAGCCUAUGCUAAAGCUGAAGAUCCCUUAUAUGUGCUAGAAAACAGUGUACCUAUAGAUGCCAAUUAUUAUUUAGAACAACAGUUAUCCAAACCUUUACUAAGGAUAUUCGAACCUAUUUUAGGAGAUAAAGCGGAAUCGAUUUUAUUAAAGGGUGAACAUACCCGCACUCGCACAGUGGUCACCUCCAAAGUAGGUGGUUUGGCGGGCUUUAUGACGAAAAAAUCUUCCUGUUUGGGUUGCAAAUCUCUAAUGCCCAAAGGCUAUGAAAAUGAACCGUUGUGUCCUCAUUGCAAACCUAAAAUGGGUGAAUUAUAUAUGAAGGAAGUAGUGGCCAAACGCCAGAUGGAAGAGAAAUUUGCCCGCUUAUGGACAGAAUGCCAAAGAUGUCAGGGUUCAUUGCAUGAAGAAGUAUUAUGUUCCAAUCGUGAUUGUCCCAUUUUCUAUAUGAGACAAAAGAUACGUAUGGAUUUGGAUACACAGGAAAAACGAGUACGACGUUUUGGUUUACCCGAGUGGUGAAAGGAUAUUUAAGAAAUAUCUAGUUUUUUGAAGAAGUGAAUGAUUUUGUUUUUGUUUGUUACAUUUUUUUGAACUGUGUCCGACUAUAUAUUUAGUGCGCAUCAAAAUAAAAAAGGAGAUAAUUAUUUUUAUUACUCGUAUAAUGGUAAAA